GAAAGCGAGCGAGCCAGGAGUGAAGGUUUACCGCUCACUCUGGAAUCUUUCAGGAGUCGAAACUUUAGUCAGGUUUUGCUGUAUUCAUUUUACCCGGAAAGCUCUUUCUAACUGCAAGCGCUCAAAAUAAUCAUCAGAAGGGAUAUAUCAGCGGGUUGACCGACUGAAUGAAACCAUGAGGAAUAAAAAACACGGCGGUUGUCGCGGUCUGAACUAAACGUGACUAUCGAUCCCGCAGAGCCAAGGUUUUGAAAACGCCGAGCCCAGGUACUUUGGCGCAGAUUUCCAACGGUCGGUUUUUCCUGCGGGUUUACCUGUGCUUACGUGGCACGUUUUCGACCUGGAGACUUAUUGUCAAAAAUCCCGUUUUUAUGUUUUUUUUAUCCACUUGUGUCGUGACGGUGCGAUGUAUUUUCGGAGGUUUAGUAAGUUGCGUGGCCGGGACUAGUUUACUUGCGCCGGACAGCCAAUCAGCGGAAUAACACUCAUUAUUUUUGCGUUAAUUUAUCCUCUUUUGUCUUUUUCACACGAUAGCCUUUAAAAACAGCCUCGUACCGCACCCGUCAGAUAUUGACAGCGGGUUUCGAGGAUAGCUUUCACAAGGAGGAUAAGUGUCACCGCUGCGCGUGUGUUUUUGGGGUGGUAAAAUGGAUGCGGGAAUGGAGAAGGAGUGCAGCGCUUUGGGAGGGCUCUUCCAAAUCAUCAUGAACGACAUGAAGGCGAGUUAUCCUGCCUGGGAGGACUUUGUCACCAAAGGGGCUAAGCUACAAUCUCAGUUAAGGACAACAAUCAUCGUCACUAGCUCAUUCCUGGAUGCUUUCCAGAAAGUGGCAGACAUUGCAACUGGAACACGAGGAGCAACGAAAGAGAUUGGAUCGGCUUUGACCAGGAUGUGUAUGAGACACAGAAGCAUUGAGAACAAGCUCAAACUAUUCACCACGGUUCUCAUGGAUAACUUGAUCACUCCUCUGGAACUGAAAAUUGAAGAGUGGAAGAAGGUUGCCAGUCAGCUGGAUAAAGACCACGCCAAAGAAUAUAAGAAAGCACGUGCAGAGAUCAAGAAGAAAUCUUCAGAUACGAUUAAACUGCAGAAGAAAGUUAAAAAAGGUAAAGGUGAGGUGCGGAUGCAGCUGGACAGCGCUCUUCAGGACGUCAACACACGCUACGCCGUUUUAGAGGAGACUGAGAAGAGAGCCGUGUGUCGAGCACUUAUCGAGGAAAGAGGAAGAUUCUGCUCAUUCGUCACAAUGCUCAAACCUUUCCUGGACGAAGAGAUAAGCAUGCUUGGUGAAGUCACCCACUUACAGACAAUUCUAGAAGAUCUCGGCAAUCUGACGGCUGAUCCCAACACACUGCCUCCUGCUAGUGAACAGGUUAUUCUUGAUCUGAAAGGCUCAGACUACAGCUACUCAUAUCAGACUCCACCCGCGUCUCCUAGCAACACGUUAUCACGCAAGAGCAGCAUCAGCAGUAACUACACCUCUGUGCGUCAUGUCCCAUCUCUGGACUCCAUCUCCAGUGCAGUGGAUGGGCUUCAUCUGCGAGCACCAGACACAACACAGCGCUCAUGCAGUCCUCUCCUCCUGGUUGGAGGGGAGGAAGGCACUCGUUCUCUCAGUGAGGGGAAUUCUCCCACAAUCCCUCGCACGGGCCACCAACACCUCCGGCACAGGAGCACUGAAAAAGGUCAGAACUCUCCAGGCACAGAGAACGGGACCUCCAUGCCCCCACUGCACAAAGUUUACAGCGGGCAUGAGGAGAGAGCCAGGGCACUCUCCACCUUGGGCAAGCCACAGUCAGCCAGGGAGCAGCUGGCUCUUGCUCUUGGAGGCGGGCUUAAUUCAGAAGCUCCUCGGACCAGCCGAGAUUCCCUGCACUGCUCCAGCGGAUACAGCACCCAGACGACAACGCCAUCCUGCUCAGAAGACACCAUUCCCUCGCAGCAUGACUAUGACUACAUCUCCCUGCAUGGAGGAGAGGAUGCCCACAGCCAGUCUGAAUUUGAUAAAUCUUCCACAAUUCCUCGCAACAGCGACUUGAGCCUCAAUUACCGCAAAAUGUUUCAAAGCAAGAGGCCGGCAUCUACCGUCAGUCUGCUGAUGGAUCCGGAGCCUAUAGGACCCCACACGGCCACCAUUCGCCGUAAACCCUCCAGCAAGCCUAACAUCCGCCGUGGGACCAUCAGUGGAGGAGUGCCUAUCCCCAUCUCCACACCACAGGUGCCGCUGAAGGCAUCCGUUUCUACCGCCGGCCUGAGCAGUGAGGAGACCAUGUGCCCUCCUGGAGGGACGCAGAGUAACAGGGUUCCUGGCUCUGAUCUGGUUCACACCAGACAUAGUCUCUGUACGUCCACUCAGAGUCUGAGUGCAGGGCCGCCUCCAUACUAUUCCAUGUUUCCUGGGCAGCCACCAGUGGGCGGCACAGAGCUGCUGUAUCAAAUGAGCAAGCAACAGCAGUAUGCACUGCACCAACAGCAGCAGAGGCAAUAUCAUCAUCAUCAUCAUCAUCAACAACAACAAUAUAAUCAACAACAGUACAAUCACCAACCGCAGGAGCCGCAAUAUCAACAGAUACAUCAAAAAGAGCUCCAGCAGAAACAUCAAAAUCAGCAGCAGAUUCAAAACAUGGCAGCUCACAAUUCUAGCGUGCCCACUGAAAGCGUGCAGAUCAAUUCCGCCCAGCCUGGCGUGGAUCAUGUCGACGGCGUUCCUGAUCCAGGCAGAGGAGGUGACAUGUUGAGUAUGAUCCGGAGAGGAGUCAAACUACGCCGGACACUUACCAACGAUCGUUCGGCACCUUUAAUCACCCCCAACCAUCUCAACUGAUCUCAGCUUUAUUUUUCCUGUGCUUUGAAUUCAUCUGUGACUUUUUACGAUUGCCUUUUCCGUCUUUUCGUUUAGUGACUUACUUUUUUCAUGCCUUUUAAUGUUGCGGUUUGCAUAUAUUUUGUUUUUUUAAGUGGAGGCAAAACUGUUGACUAACGUGCGACUCCUGCCACAAGAAAAGACGUUUGAUUUAACUACACUGUGCUAGACGAACAAACGUUUCACAGUGUCCGUGCGAAUGUUGCCUGUCAAUAAAUUAAAGUUAAUUCUGCAGACUGUGUGCUUUACAUAUAUAUGUAUACCUAUAUGCACAGAUAUAUAUGUAUUUAGAGAUCUAGAUUGAGCAUCGGAGCUUAAGAUAUAUUAAAGUUAUUUGUUUAUGUUGUAUUCACAAGGAUAAAGCACUCAGCCUUCUGGUUAGAGAUCAAAAACUUCUGUAUAUAUUAGCGAAUCAAUUGAAAGACUUGUAUUAUUAUUCAUUUUGUUUUCUUGGUUGGUUUUCGAAAUUAGAUAAAGCAGCACUAGGCGUCUAUUUUUGUACAGUUUAGGGUAACAGAAAACUGCACCACUGCCUUUAAUCCGCCCAAUGACUGGAUGCGAAUGCAGCCAAUGAGAGGAAUGGAGGGAGGGAAGGAGCGAUGUGAUUGGGUGGAUGAAUGAAGGACUGGAAUAGUGGAUCUUAUUUGUGUUGCUUAUGACUGUGAGAGCUUACGAAGGCAUCACUGUGGUUAUUUAUUCAACCCGUUUGAUUCUGAAUCAUUUUUAAUCGUUUGUUUACCAAAGCUUUGAUGCUGUAGCCCCGUAGAUGCGCAUAAACAUGCUCUCCUGGAGGAUUUAUAUUGACUUGAUUCAUAAAACCUCAAACUUGUGGCCCAUGACUUUGAGCAUUUUUUUUGUCUUUGAAUUAAAAAAACUUCUUUAAACUCAUUUAUUAUUACCUGAAAAGAAAGUGAAUGGUUGCGUUAGGUUUAUAGAUUGAAUUCAUUCUGUUGCAAGUUGCCUUCUUUGUUUGAAAUCAGUGUCCCAUCCCUCCACCAAUUUAAGUAAAGCUUAUUCAAUGGAAAUGUAGGGUAUACUUGUCUUUUCACUUUCAGUCAGAUCUCAUGAAACUUUUAGUGCAUCUUAAAUUCGGGGGGGGGUGGACUGAGAUGUGAUUUGGCUUAUUGCGAUCAAUAUCAAAUUACAAUAGCUUUGAUUUAAUUAAAUUAAUAUAUAGGCACUGUAUUCUUUUACACACGAACAGCUGAUGAGCCGAUGAUUUCAGUAUCUCUAAAUCUCAUCUGAUCCACAUGAACUUGUAAGUUUGGGACACUUAUAACGUGUAUUUGGAAACACACCAUGCACCAUCCAUCUUCCCAAACUUUGAAUGAGAAGCGCUUAUAAAAUGCUGACUUGUCAACAAAAGAAAAGCUUUACGGUUUGAAAAAAGAGUUAUUUUGAUUCAAUUAUUGUAUAGUUGCACUGUAAAAAAAAAAAAAAAAAAA